GAAAAAUCAUCCCAAAUGGUGAAAGUCUUCACGUGUUUGUAUUUCGUCUGUUCGUGAACUCUCUUCCUUCAAAUACGGCGCCAGGACUUGAGAAGACCUCGUGCCAGGGUCAGGUUAUCGUCGCCAAUCGAUCAAGAGCCCGAUAUGAAGACGCAGAGACGGACAGCUCCAAAGCACGCGAGCCGGAGAUCAACGGGUCUGGAAGAGGACGGAAGCGAGCGUAGAGAGGACCCUGUAGCCACGCGGUGGAGGAGCAAGGGGCAGCUCAUCGACGCCCCUCCUACCUCACCACGGGCGAGGAUGCCUGCUCCGCUGAAUGUCGCAAGAAGUCACAUCAAAGAUGUCCGUGUGAAGAUCAUAAAGGCCAGACCGCUGAAAGUUGCAGAAGACACCGCCACGGCAAAGUCCAGACGAAACUCCCAAAGAACCAGCAGCACGCACACAUUGCACACGGCGACACGCAGACCAGACGCUCAGGCAGGCACAGAGGUCACACAGGACACGCGGGGGUCACGCCCACUUCACUCUGCAGAGGUCACACAGGACACGCGGGGGUCACGCCCACUUCACUCUGCAGGGUUCACACAGGACACGUGGGGGUCACGGCCACAUCACUCUGCAGAGUUCACACAGGACACGUGGGGGUCACGGCCACAUCACUCUGCAGAGGUCACACAGGACACGUGGGGGUUACGCCCACAUCACUCUGCAGAGUUCACACAGGACACGCGGGGGUCACGCUCACAGCACUCUGCAGAGGUCACACAGGACACGGGGGGGUUACGCCCACAUCACUCUGCAGAGUUCACACAGGACACGUGGGGGUCACGCCCACAUCACUCUGCAGAGGUCACACAGGACAUGUGGGGGUCACGCACACAUCACUCUGCAGAGGUCACACAGGACACGCGGGGGUCAUGCCCACAUCACUCUGCAGAGGUCACACAGGACACGUGGGGGUCACUCCCACAUCACUCUGCAGAGUUCACACAGGACCCAGUGGCGGCAUGUUCAAGAAGAAUGGCAAGGUUCACACAUCAUGUACAGGAUCGUGCCGGGGCUGCAUGGGAGGCAGCCGGAGACGGCCAGCGUCGUGUGCACGAGCGGGAGAUCGCGAGCCGAGGCAUGUCGACCCUGCGAGGCCCAACGGCGUCCGCUGCAGACGGCGAUUGUGCAGAGCGGCUGGGCGAUGUGGCGCCUUCCGUCGCGCCGUGGUGCUUGGGCACGUGCAACAGUGCGGAGCAAGGAGGUGCCGUGCCCUGGGCUUGGCAGGAGAAGGCGGUACGGAAAAUGUGGACUCCACCUGUUUCGUCCGGAUGGGAUAGCGGGUACCCUCGCCACACGAUGUCCUCGGUCGUGUCUACCAUCGCCCCGCGUCGCAGGAUGUGCUUGUUGUGCUCCCCACGGCGGGUCGCUGAGCUGCCGGGCCGACCUCUUCUUCCCCAUGCUGCCGCUCUGGCCGUGUUAUCCACAGCUCUAGGCCGACUCUUGGUUGGUAUUUUGCGUCGCGGUGUGUAAAGCCGGAAGG